GAGUACAAGAUUGGAACUUACUGAGAAGUACUUCAGUUUACAAAUUUACUUUUGUUUACUAACGUCAACUCAUAUUUUUUCUUCUUCUUCUUCUCCAUAAAUUAACAUUUUCUUCACUAUUUUUUUAUUCGAAUAAAUAAGUUUUUUGAAAGAAAAAAGUUUCAAAUUUGACGCCAUUUGACUAUUUAUUUCAUUUAAACAAAUUAAUUUUCCCAUUUACUUUUGAAGUUACUGAUUUUUCAAAAAAAAAAAAGAAAGUUUAAUGUUUUGUUUAAAUAUGAAGAAUUUCACUUUGAACAUUCAAUCUAUAUUACCGGAAAUUGAUUAAUUAUUAAUAAUUUGGUGAAUUAUCAUCUUCAAAGUGAAAAAAGAAUUUUUUUCUAAAAAAAACACAUUAAACUCAAGAUCAAAUUUGAAUUUUCAAAUAAUAAAACAAAAUCAUUUAAAUGUCAUUGAAUAAAUCAAAUAAAUCAGCUUGUAUACCAGCGAAUAUGAUUACUCGUGAUCCCGUAACUGGCUUAGGUGAUCUAGAAGCUGAAUGGAAUCCUCUUAACGGAUGUCAUUUACGUAGAAGACACUUUCCUCAUCGUGAUCCAAUUAGAAUGGAAGGUGAUAUGGGUACUGAAUACAAUUGUCUGUAUACUACUAAAGAACUUACAUGUAAAGAUCGUGUUAAUACUACAGAUACAAACUAUUCAAAUGGGUACUUUUAUGUGGAUCAUUUGAAUAACAAAAAUGAAAAUAAACACAGUGAUGAUAAUUACAAUAGUAAUAAUAAUAAUACUCAUGAAGAUUAUAAUCAAGACCGUGACCCAAUAACACUUCAAGGAGAUUUAGGUGAAGAACUAGACAUGUUUAGACCACAUGGUAGUAGAUCAAGAAAUAAAAUUGAUCAUAAUAUACAUGUUUCAAGGUCUGAUUCUAUCAGUGGUAAAUGUGAAUAUAAUGUAGAAAGCAAUUCAGUAAAUCACUACAAUGAAAAACAAUGUAACGAAGAGAAUUCAAAAAGAUAUUCUUAUCUUGCUACAGAUCCGAUAACUCAUUCACUGCCAGAAACAAAACUAGUCCGAUCUCAGUCAGUACGACAUUAUAAAGAAGCAUGGGCUACACAUGAUCCAAUCGGUUAUAUGCACAGAACUGGUACAUCAUAUAAGACGGAUAAAGUUCGAGGAAUGAAACAUUUUCCAAGCAAUAAAAAUAGUGAUGAUCCCGUGACCCAUCGAUUAUCAAUUAAUCAUCAUCGGCAGCAGCAUCGUCCCCAGUUGACAUAUACUGCCUCAAAAUCUAGAUUCAAUACCCUGAGAGCGAAUACUAAUCCGAUUACACAUCAACAGAAAAAUAUAUCUUCCGAUCAAUCACCAAUUGAAUUGAACGAUGAAACAUCGACAAUCGGAGACUUCAAUGAAGUGACUAUAGGCAAUGUGUCUGCAGUUCCAGAGAAUAGAAAAUUACGAAGGGCUCUUCGAAAUCCCAUUACUGGUGAAGGAAUGUGUGACAGUGAUUAUAUUGACCUGCUUAAAUUACCAAGUGAAUAUUACUUUCGAAGAAAUCGAGACACUUUGUCGUCGACAUUGAAUAUCCAUCCACAUUCACCACCAGUACAACCAUCAUCAACAACUACACCUUCAACUAAUGCUGCUGUGUCUGUUAAAAAAGUACCUACUCAGAAAGAUGCAAAUUCUACGAGCAAACCGACUCCAAGUAAGCCAAGACAUCAAACACCGCCGCCGCCAUCGCAACCGACUUUGACACAACAACCACCGAAGCUAGAACCAAAAGUUGAAAAAAGCACCCCACAACCUAUAGAAAAGAAAGUUAUCCGCCCAAAAAAAACCGAGAUGCUAACUGAAAAACAACCAGUUAAAGAAAACAAACAGCCGGUCGGUAGUGUAACACAGUCACAGCCAAUUACUGAGACACAAUUGUCUACAAAAGAAGCGGAGCCACAAACACCGAAAAUGGUUGCAGAACCACAGACACUAGAGACUGAAAAACAGAAAACACCGAAAGAAGUAACUAAGCCACAGACACCAAAAAUCGAGAAACCGGAGGCACCAAAAGAAACUGUAAAACCACAGACACCAGAAACUGAAGAACCGCAAACGCCGAAGGGAGCUACAAAUCCACAGAAACUAGAAGCUGAAAUACCACAAGCACCGAAAGAAGUAGCUAAGCCACAAACACUGAAAACCGAAGAACUAAAAACGCCAAAAGAAAUAGUAAUUCCAGAGACAUCAGGAGAGACUGCGGAACUACACACACCAGUAGAAACUCCGAUAACUCCCGCUAGUCAUACUUUAGAAGAGUCAACUGCCGAAACAAAGUCGGCCGGAAAGCCUGUACCGCAAUCGUUGAGUGAAGAACUGGAGUUAGUCAUCGGUGAAUCCAAAUCCCCGCAACCCCCAACGUCCUCAUCAAACAACAAAAUACGGGACGGGAUGAGCGAGGACUUACACAGUCCCGCUGUCCAGUCCCCACCAACUAGUGAAGCGAAUUCAUUUGUGGACAAGAUGCCACGCCUGUCUGACGCACAAACUUUGAAGAAUGAUCUUACGCCCAGACCAUCUACAGAAUUGCCAGAGACGGGAGAAGCAUGAGUAACCUCGUGGAAUAAAUGUUCAACUGGCUUGGUAAAUCUGAUGGUUGCUGAUUGGAUUAUUCUCACGUAUUUAGUUGAAGAGAACUGUGCUUCUUUUAGCACGUUCCGUUCUCAAUUUUCUUUUUAAGCUUAACCCCGGGUGAUGGACGGUAUUUUCGUUUAUUAUUUGAUUCAGAAAAUUUUAACUUUCGGCAUAAUGAGAAUGGAUCAUGACUUUCGUGUAACGUUUCCGAUAUUUCGAUAUAAUGAUCAAACAAAUCAGCAAACCAGAUAUAUUUUGAAAUUUUUAAAGUAUAUUCACUUACCGGUCCUUAACAGAUAUACUACACCACUUUAAAAAUGUCCCUUACUAGACCUGUAGUUUGGUAUCAAGCGUUGCCAAGCCACAAAAAAAUCAGAGACCAGGAAAAACACCUUUCAUUGAGAGUACGGGUAAUUAAACUAGGAUAGCACUUCAAUGCUGAAAUUUACACAGAUAUUAAAUUUUUACGAAAGACAAACUAGUUCGUAUGCAAGGUUAUGUACCAAGCUAUCGAAGUUGAGUAACCAACCUCGUACGGAAACACCGGGAAGUAGCCAGCCCCUACCCCGCUGAGAUGAUACAUCAAUUAGGAUUUGGAUGUAAAUAUCAGGCUGCAGUUGAUAUAGAACUCUAGUCGUUGCCGUCAGUUAGAUUUUGUAAACCAUGAAGUCAUAGGACGAUUAUGGGCUAGGUUGUGUGGCGCUUUUGACCGAAAAACACGUAACAGGUAUCCGUGACCCUCAAAUGUCUACCAAAGCUAGCAAGUAAAGCAGAUGAAUUAACAAAACCCAUGCUUCUUCAGAUAACAUAACCGAAUUCGUGCAUCCCCCUUACCGAUUUGCACAUGGCAAUAGAAGCAUAUUUUGCAAGCUUAAAUCCUCAUAAUAUGUAUUAUUUCCUUGCACUGAUCUGGUGUGUGGCUCGUAAGAUGGAAGGGAAUCACGAUAGGACUUUUGGUGACCCUUAGGACAAACUUGAAUACUAGGUCAUACACUUCAGCGCUGAAAUCAACGCUGCUGUAAAUGAAGCAAAAACGAACUUCUGUGAAAUAUCGUUUUAUUC